AUGUAUGACGAACUUUCGGGCAUGUCCGUCAACCAAUGGACCGUGGCGGCCCGUCGGCCCGCGGCGCGAGGGACCCUCGACUGGUCGCGCGUCGCGCCGCUAAAGUACCAGGAGCCGCCCGCGAAACACGCGCGGCCGCUCGUGGACAUGGCCAUCCGCGCUGUGGCCAAGAACAUUGGCCAUGUGUCCAAGGAGCUCCUGGAACAGCUACCGGCGAGCAUGCUCUGGCGCCUGUGGCGGUUUCUGGAAGCCAGAGGAGGCGCUUCCCUGCACGCAUGGAAGAUAUUCUCCGACCUUCUCAUAAGCGAUGGCCAGGAGGACCCGGUGCUCGGCCUGUACCGUUUCCGCCAGCACGUGUGCCGCCCGGACGAGGCGCUGAAGCUCUACACCCAGCCGCUCAACUCGGCGUCUGUGGAGUUUAUCGCACACCUGACCAUCUCUGGCCACUGCUUGUUCACGGGCACCGAGCUGCUGGCGCUGGCCGACAUGAAGAACCUGGGCGUGCUGGAGCUUAUCCAGCCCGCAGACCACAUCCAGGCCUCGCACCCUCAGGUGAGCGACCGCAUCGUCCGCGGCUGGUCGGACGCGGCGGAUCCCUUUCCGGUGCUGCGAGUCCUGCGCAUAUGGGCCGACCAGCUGCUCACGGAUGUGUCUCUGCGAUGGGUGGCCAAGUUUCCGUCUCUGGUGCUCUACGACGUCGUCGCGGCCAAGGCGGACUGGAGGUCCGUGUACGAAAAGGCCGACGCGACAGGAUGGACGGUGGCCUCGAUAGCGAAAGCAGUCGAAGACACGUCGAUUUUACGACAUCUCAUGCUCCUCGCCCCCGAGGAGGCCGAGGAUGGGGCCAUUGACCCGUCUCCAGGCCUGUGCAGGAGCAUCGACAUUGAUCUCACCAACCUGUCGAGCGACUCGCGCUGCGUGCUCAAGCGCGUGCCGUACGCCGAGGCGCCGCCGCUCCUCGACUACCUCGUGGAUCCCGCCAAGGUGUCUGCGAAGCAGCCUGCCGCCAUUCACCGCCGGCCCAGGCCCGUCGCCAACGAAUUCUGCCACGACACCGCGUUUGAGACGUGGGCGUUUUGGCUGUACUCGCUCAUCGGGCAGCUGUCGGGCGACCGCGACCUCGAGAGCAGGGGUGUCAGACCGGCGCAACAGACCAUCGCUGGCCCGUUUGUGCUGCCAUCCAAGCCCAUGGCGAGCCUGUUUCUCGGGCACAGCGGCCAGGGCGGCAUCGCCAGCAGGCCAUCGUACAAUAGCAGAGGGUUGUUUGCCACGAAGCGAUAUACGUUUACCAGGCCUGAUUUACAAUACGACUUGACCCCGAAGACUAGAGCGACAGAACAGCCUGCGCCUCUGGGGAUUGUGUCGGAUCCGCGGCCGCCGCCGUCGAUGAAGAGCAAAAAGCGAAGACGAAUGGAGGAUGUCUUGGGCUCCUUUGGUUGA